GACUUACUGGUUGAGGACUUUGAGAAUUUGGCUACAAAGAUGUGGUAUUUGGAGUAAGUCAGAUAGAAACAGAGUGAGGACAAGAGAGAGAGAGAGAGACAGAGAGAGGGAGAAAAGAGAAAGUCAUUUAGCCAGAAGUUACCUAAAAGUGGGUGGGUACCUAAAGGUUACUUCAGUGUGACCUAAUAUUAACCUUAUGUUAAUGUUAUACUUGGUUUGUUUCCCAUUAAUCAGCAAAUGACACUCUGUUAUUUAUAUAAAUGAACUUUAAUUAACUGUAACUAACUAUAAAUUUACUUUAUUUCAACUUGUAUUUUGUACACAAUUUUUUCCUUCAUUGUGGCAAAGGCUGAAUGACCGUCAGUGGCACUAAACAGAGUCACUCAGAGUUUAUACUCAGAAGAGUAGUGUAUUUUUUGUUGGUGAACUUUUAUUUAGUAUAUAAACUGAAAGUACUUACUAACCUACUGCCCCACAUUUUCAUAACAAGAUGCUACACAAAUACCACUUUGUAAACACUCUCACCCUCAGGAAACCCUGUGUCCCCACAUACCAGUCUCCUUUCAUGAGUUCCUCUGUGUAGCGUGAUUGUUAGUCCUCCUCUUUUAUGUCGCUUUGGACAAAAACAUCUCUGUAUGUCUGUCUGCCCUGUCCUGUCACUUUAAAACAUGUUAAACCCAAAGUUGUAUCACCUGUUAGACCAAGUUAAGAACGCAUCUUGCACAAUCAAAAAACAAACUACAAACCAGCCCUCCAAACCAAAGCCAAAAAUUUUACCUGCUGCAAUCAUGUCCAUGCACAUAUAAAAUAUGUGUUUCCUUGGUAAUAAUGAAACCAGUCUAGUAGAAAAUAGAAGUGGGAGCAAGAAAAAAGUAAACCUCAUCAUUAAGCACUUAUGGUAAAUUAAAUGAAGCGGUAGGUUGGUACAGAGUCAUCUGUGAAAGAACAGUUCUGCAGCAGAGAGUGAAAGCCUUCAAACAACGCUGGCACCAAAGAGAGGUGAGAUACUUCUGAAUUCUGACUAAUGCUUAACUGGAAUUAUGAACAAUGCUUUUACUUUUACUUCAUUUUUAACUCCAAACUUAUCUGUGAGUCUCUUUUAGGCACUCACACACGUAGAUACUCACAUGCACGUGCGCACACCUACUGGCUUUUGUGUUUUGUAAGCCCUCCACAUAAACUUAAUGCUUUCCUACUAACCUUUUACUCUAACAAUAACCACUUGUUUAUUUUAUAAACUUGACUGAUCCCAAACUGGGGAAUUGUUGCAGAUCUGCUGCAGUAGGUGGUUCCUUAUUUAUAUAUUUAUAUAUAUAUUUAUUCAAAUCCUAACUCCGAAAUUUAUCUUGCAGCUCAAGAUACAUACACAAGGACUACGCUAUUCAAAAAUAGCUACAUCGAGGGCAACUUCAGUUCUGACCUGCGGCUACCCCAAUUAGGCCUUGUCCAAAGCCGCCAAAACCAACCAGAAAAACAGAGAGGAGAAUGGUAACAAAAGGAACAACAUUGUCAUUCCUUAUGUUGCCGGGACCUCCGGAAAACUGGAGAUCUGGUGGACGAGUUCUCCUUCCAAACAAUUCAACCCUCUCCCUAAAAACAAGACCACAGUUCCAUUUGAAAGGACACCCAGCCAAACAUGUUGCUCAGGUGACACCAUUGGUCCAUAGCUGUGGCAUCACUCCCCAUUCACACCUCUAACCUCGUGACUUUACAUUUUGACUGACAACCUAAACAGACAAGGUCUACACUAGUAUUUUCAAAACAAGUCCUUACACGUUUAGCUAUAUCAGGAAUAUGCAUGCACACAGUUUCAGACACACACACACACACACACACUUACAUGUAGCAAAACCACGGCAGAGACCUUGAAUCUGUUUACUAACCUGAAUGCCCUUCAGGUAGGACUGUCUAUGGACUCUAGUCAAGGCCAUUUCCCUCCCUCUCCUUGUCAAACACAAAUGCACACACUCACACACACACACGCAUGCAUGAAGUCCUAGAGAAAUCCUUUAACAGAUCUAACAGUCAUGGUUGUAAAGAUAUCAAAGUUUCAAUGUGUAAGAUGAGAAAUUAUUUAAUUGUUUUUAUAUUUGUUGAACAAAAAUGAAUUACAAAUAAGUUUGCCGUUGUUCAGUUGAUUGCACACUUCUCUAAAUGUUAGCCCUUACAUCAGGUGUAGAUCUUUUGUACAAAGUGUCUCAUGUUUGAUCAAAUGUUGACAGUGGCCUUUAGUAGAAAAAAACAAGCAUUUGUAUUUUAUAUGUGCCUAAACUGUUGCACUUUUGCUCAAACUUUUAGUACUUUUGACACAGGAAAUACUGAAAUUGUUUCCAAUUUUCUUAAUCACAUAGAUUACAGUGUUAUCUUGGAGGACAUCAGUGGUGAUAGGGUGAUACUGCUCCCAUAUUGUGCUCAACGAAUGAAGAACGAGAAAAGAAAAAAAAAACAAAACUUAGGUCCACCCUAAGGGACAGAGCAGGCAUAAAAACCUCCCACAUGCCAUCAGUCAUUGCACUUGGCUGCACUAACACAUGCAACACCUCACCUAAAAACUUUCAAGUGUUAGGCUGUCACUAUUCACUCUGUCUCCAGAAAUACACAGUGGUGUUGUACCCACAUCUCCUCUGACUGCCAUCGCUGUGAGAUCAGUUUCCUGCUCAGUUGGAUCAUCAUCAUCAUCGUCAUCAAUAUCAUCACCAUGAUAAUAAGCAUCGCACUGAUCUGGGCCGUAGUUGUUGGAUUUUGCUGCCUACUGUGGCUCGCCGUGGGAAUACGACACAGACAACCUGGUGAACCAGCGAUUGAAAAUGGCUUAAUCCCUUACCUGGGCUGUGCCUUACAAUUCGGAGCCAACCCCCUGCAGUUCCUCCGCAGCCGGCAGAAGAAGUACGGUCAUAUUUUCACCUGCAAAAUUGCAGGCCAGUAUAUCCAUUUUCUGUGUGAUCCCUUCUCCUACCACUCAGUCAUCAGACAGGGCAGACACCUGGACUGGAGGAAGUUCCACUUUGCCACAUCUGUCAAGGCCUUUGGUCAUGAUAGCUUUGAUCCCCGUCAUGGUCACACCACCGAGAACCUGCACCAGACCUUUCUGAAGACCUUGCAGGGUGAGGCCUUACCCUCUCUGAUAGAGACCAUAGCGGGGCAUCUCCAGGACGUCAUGCUAAGACCAGACACGCUCAGCUCCAAGGAGAACCAGUGGCAAGUGGAUGGCAUCUUUGCGUUCUGUUACAAGGUGAUGUUUGAAGCAGGGUAUUUGACACUGUUUGGUAAAGAGCUUGGUGAUGACAAGUGUCAGGCUCGACUGGCGGCCCAGAAGGCCUUAGUGCUCAAUGCUUUGGAGAACUUCAAGGAAUUUGACAAGAUCUUUCCAGCAUUAGUUGCUGGUCUGCCUAUCCAUGUCUUCAAGAGUGCUUACAGCGCCAGAGAGAACCUAGCAAAGACCAUGAAUCCAGAAGACUUGUCCAAAAGGCAUAAUUUAUCUGAUCUGAUCUCUAUGAGGAUAAUCCUGAAUGAUUCCUUAUCUACCUUCAAUGACGUGAGCAAGGCAAGAACUCAUGUCGCUCUGCUUUGGGCCUCACAGGCUAACACCCUGCCUGCAACUUUCUGGAGUCUCUUUUAUAUGAUCAGGAGCCCAGAUGCCAUAAAAGCAGCAUACAAGGAAGUUAACAAAGUUUUGAAGGACUCAAGACUAAAAGUUGACCCCAAUGACCCUACACUAAACCUGACAAGGAAUCAGUUGGAUAACAUGCCAGUUAUGGAUAGCAUCAUCAGUGAAGCCCUGCGUCUUUCCAGUGCAUCCAUGAAUGUGCGCGUUGCGAAAGAAGACUUUUUGCUUCACCUUGACAACCAAGAAGCGUACCAUAUAAGGAAAGAUGAUGUAAUCGCUUUGUAUCCACCUAUGCUGCACUACGACUCAGAAAUCUUCCAGGACCCCUAUGAGUACAAGUUUGACCGUUUCCUUGAUGAGAACGGUCAGGAGAAAACAACCUUUUAUCGAAAUGGACGACGCCUGCGUUAUUUCUGCAUGCCGUUCGGCUCUGGUGUUACUAAAUGCCCUGGCAGAUUUUUUGCCAUGUACGAGAUUAAACAGUUCCUCACUUUGCUGCUGUCCUAUUUUGACAUGGAACUGUUGGAUCCUGCUGUCAAAGUCCCCCCCCUUGACCAGUCCCGUGCAGGAUUGGGAAUCCUCCAGCCUACCUACGAUGUGGACUUUAGGUACAAGCUGAAAUCCCAGCAUUAGGCAUUCUUUGGCCAGCACAGUGACUAUAUUGUACAUAGUGUAUAUGUAUUUAAUAGUGUAUAUGAUGAUGCAUUUAGGUAUAUGUAAAUAGAAGGAAUUGCAUUUUUGUAUUAAUUUGCUAUAGAAGAACGCUUUUUUUUCCCCUUUUGAUGGUCCAAGGCAAAGCAGCAGUGAUUUUGGAAAUACAGUGACUGAAAUGUGUUAAUUAGUCAAUUUAAAAACAAUUCAACAAUUCAACAAUUGUUCUAGUUGAGGACAACUGUCUACUUGUUAAUGUUAACGCAGAUGCUAUGUGUAUCGUAUUUUAUACCACGGUGGUGAUAACUGAUGAUGUGACUGGACCAAUGCAGCCUCAACUUCAAAAUAAACAGCUUGAAAAUUCAACAAAUGAAGUGUUCUUACAAAUGUGCAUUACUGAAUACCUUAACUUUCGAUUGAAAAUAGUUACCGAUAGUCUGCUCCUGAUAAUAUAUAUAUGGGUUGUCGACAGUAUCUGAUCAUCUCAUUUAUUCUUAUAAAAUGAACGAAGCUCCUUCGCAUACUCUUCUUUAUCAGUACAUGUUGGACUGUAAUCAUAUCACCAACUGAUUUAGCUUUAACUCUUGGUGAAAGAUAGAGCUUCUGUCGGCCUUGGAGUUUGCUCUCUCUGGCAGAAACUACUCCCAGACUUGGUCAACGAGGUCA